UUUUCAUGCGAUUUUUAUGCGAUCUGAAAUAGGAUUUCAUUAACUUGUUGUAUAUAUUAAAUGCACUUAAAACAAUAUUUAUAAUAUUGUUUUCUAUAUAUAUUUAUUAAAAAUUUUAUGAGUCAGUCUAAGAUAGUCAGCAAGUCAGUGUGUAGUAUGAGGUUAUGACUCACAACAGUUUUGAAUAAUUCGCAUAAUGUUUUCCAUUUUUGCUCUUUGAAUUUUGAUCAAAUCUUAUUUAAAAUGUGAAAUCUAAAAGACCCCGUUUUGAAUAAUUCUCUAUACCAUAUACAUUCUUGUGUAUUAUAAUAUAAUAUAUUAAAAACAAUCAAUUGUUUUGAAUAAUAUUAUGGAAGCUUCGUUAGUAGAUAGUUGUGAUACUGAAACGUUGAUUAAUGAAGAUAAUGAUAAUGAUGUGGCUGAAGAAAGUGCAGAUUUUAUAACGACCUUUGGGGAUACUAUUAAUGAGAAUAUUUCAUCAGACUUAGAACCAAAUCUAAUAACAUAUAGCAGUAUAGACCCCCGAAGUAGAGGGAAUUUAAAUGAAAGGUCUCCCUAUUCUUUAUCGUCUGAAUAUGAAAGUUUAGAUUAUGAUAUUUGUGAAAAUUCCAUAUACAUUGAAGAGGAGAAGCGGAGAGGUUCCCUAUAUAUUUUGCGAAAAGAUACUGCAAGAUGGUUUAUAUGCCUUGCAACAGGUGUUUUAGUGGCUUUAAUCGCAGCAGUUGUUGAUAUUGUUAUAGAACAAUUAUCUGAAUAUAAAUAUACUAUGCUUUCUAAAUCUGUUGAUAAACAUUUUUCAAAUGGUACUACUUACAUUCCCUAUCUUUUAUGGAUAGCUUGGAAUAUAAUUCCUGUAUUGAUAGGAUCCUUUUUAGUUGCAUAUAUAGAGCCUGUGGCUGGAGGUAGCGGAAUCCCUCAAGUGAAAUGCUUCUUAAAUGGUGUAAAAGUUCCCAGGCUUGUCAGAUUUAAGACAAUGGUUGUUAAAGUUAUUGGUGUUAUAACAUCUGUUGUUGGAGGUUUAGCUGGCGGCAAGGAAGGACCAAUGAUACACACUGGAGCUAUAAUAGCAGCUGGUAUAUCCCAAGGAAAGAGUAUAUUUUUUGGACGAGAUUUAAAAAUUUUUCGCUAUUUUCGUGAAGAUCACGAAAAACGUGACUUCGUAUCUGGAGGCGCCGCUGCCGGGGUCGCCGCAGCUUUUGGUGCACCUAUAGGUGGAGUUUUGUUUUCACUUGAAGAAGGUGCAAGUUUUUGGAAUCAAUCAUUGACAUGGAGAACGUUUUUUGCGUCAGUCAUGAGUACGUUUACUUUAAAUGUUAUUUUAUCAGCAUAUCAUGGACAUCCUGGUGAUCUGUCAUAUUCAGGUUUGAUUAAUUUGGGACAAUUUGAACCAUUUUCUUACGAAUUUUCGGAAUUACCAAUAUUCUUGUUGAUGGGCAGUGCUGGUGGUUUAUUAGGAGCACUUUGGAAUCAUUGUAAUACUCGAUUAACAGAGUUCAGGAAAAGAUAUAUUAUUUGGUGUUGGGCUAAAGUAUUAGAAGCUGUUUUGGUUGCUGCAAUUAUGGCUACUGUUGCAUGUUUAAUGAUAAUGCUUAUAAAGGAUUGCAGACCAUUAGGACAAGAUCCUACAAAAUUUCCUGUGAAGUUAUAUUGUGGUGAUGGUGAAUACAGUGCUGUUGCUUCUUUAUGGUUUCAAACUCCUGAGGCCAGUGUAAAAUCAUUAUUUCAUGAUCCGCCAGGUUCAAAUACAUUACUAUCUCUUUUGAUAUUUGUGAUGUUUUACUUCCCAUUAACGAUAUGGACUUAUGGAUUAAGUGUCUCUAGUGGUUUAUUUAUUCCUAUUUUAUUGGCUGGUGCCGCUUGGGGUAGAUUGACUGCUAUGUUUCUCCAAUACACUCAAAUAAAUAGUACGAUAUUGCACCCAGGAAAAUAUGCUCUGAUAGGAGCUGCUGCAUUAUUAGGGGGCGCUGUGCGUAUGACAUUAAGUUUGUCUGUUAUUUUAAUUGAAUCGACUGGAAACAUAUCUUUUGCUCUACCUAUCAUUCUAACAUUGAUAGCUGCUAAAUGGACUGGAGACUUUUUCAAUGAAGGUAUAUAUGAUAUUCAUAUACAAUUAUCGGGCAUACCAUUUCUGCAGUGGCAUUCUCCACCUUUAUCAUCAUCUAUUUUUGCAUCUGUUGUUAUGUCACAACCAGUUAUAUAUUUUAAAACUAAAGAAUCUGUUAAAAGAAUUGUAGAAGUUUUGAAAAUGACAGAUCAUAAUGGUUUUCCUGUUGUUGAAUAUGCUGAUAAUGAACUAUAUGUCAACGAUAAUCAACCAAAACGAUUACGGGGUUUAAUAUUACGUGCACAGCUGAUUGUAAUUCUGCAUAGUAAGCUGUUUCGUGAGCCAACAAAUGGUAGGCGCAACCCAGUUAACACAAGCAAAUUGUUCUAUGAUAAAUAUCCUAGGUACCCAAAUAUAAAAGAUAUAGUAAUAUCGGAAUAUGAUGAGAGAUACUCGAUUGAUUUAAUUCCUUAUAUGAAUCCUUCUCCUUACACGGUGCAUACUACUGCAUCUCUACCUCGCAUGUUCACUUUAUUCCGAGCUCUCGGGUUAAGACAUCUUCUAAUAAUAAAUGACUUAAAUGAGGUUGUUGGUGUGGUCACUCGAAAGGACUUGGCUAGGUUCCGAGCCAGCAGACAUUGCGGAGUUAUAAUAUGGCACAAAGUGGCGAUAUCACACUACGAUUGAUUUUAUUUUGUUUCUUCAUUAUUUAAAAUUUAAUUUAGGGCUUUACAGCAUUAUUACAGUAUAUGCAUUUAAUACAAAUGCCACAUUGUACAAUGCAUGUAUGAAAC